CUUGGAAGUGGGAAGUGGUCCUAAACUCCAAAUCAAGGAAGUUUAUAAGGCGGUUGGUUGAGGACUCGAAUCAAACACAUUAGUAAGCUGUGCCUGGGCUGUGCAUACCAAGAUGGAAAGCUGCAAAGACGAAGUAGCCACCGCCGGUGAAGUCGCCGUCGUGGUGGUGCCUCUUCCGGCUCAAGGCCAUCUCAACCAGCUUCUUCAGAUUUCCUGUCUGCUCUCCUCCUCCUCCUCCUCCGCCCUCCAGGUCCACUACCUCGGCUUUUCCAUCCACACCCAACAAGCCAGAGUCAGGGCCAACGGGCUAGACCCGGAGAAAAUAUCCAAAAUCCAUUUCCACGAGCUUCCCACCCCUGAGCUGGACUGCCCUCCCCCGGACCCGGCCGCCGCCCUGAAGUUCCCCACCCACCUGCAGCCGCUCUGGGAAGCCUCUCACCUUCUCCUGCGCCGCCCCGCCGCCGACGUUCUCCGCGAAAUAGCGUCAAAAUCCAGAAGAGUGGUGAUCAUCCAUGACUCUAUCAUGGCCUCGGUGGUUCAAGACGCGGCGUCCAUCCCCAACGCCGAGACCUACUCCUUCAACUGCAUCUCCGUCUUCUCCCUCCUCUCCCUCGUCUACUACCGGACGGGAAGGCCGUUCCCCGCCGUCGCCGCCGUGGAAGAAGCGGGGCUGAGGGAGCUGAUGCCGGACCUGGAGGAUUGCACGAGUUACGAUAUCCAGAGGCUGGGAUCUGCCCAGCGGGAGUUCUUGAAGUUCCGGUCCGGCGAGAUUCAUAAUACGAGCAGAGUGAUUGAAGGGCCGUUUCCUGAUGUGUACGAGCGGGAGGGGUUUUCCCAGAACCUGAAGCAAUGGUUCAUCGGCCCCAUUCUGCCUCCGCUGAACGCGUAUAAUAAGAAGCAGAAUGUGUGGUUGGAUUGGCUGGAUGAGCAGCCGCCGGACUCUGUUCUGUACGUUUCGUUCGGGACGAUGACUUCCGUGUCGGAUCAGCAGGUUACAGAGUUGGCAAAGGGGUUGGAGCAGAGCAAAGUGAGGUUUCUUUGGGUGUUAAGGGAUGCAGAUAAAGGGAACAUCUUUUCGGGCAAACCGAGAAGCAUUGAGCUGCCAGAAGGGUUUGAAGAGAGGGUGAUUAAAUGGGGAGCGGUGGUGAGGGAGUGGGCACCGCAGCCCGAAAUUCUAGCACACCCAUCCACGGGAGGGUUCAUGAGCCACUGCGGGUGGAACUCGUGCAUAGAGAGCAUCACGCACGGCGUGCCCAUGGCCGCAUGGCCCAUGCACUCGGACCAGCCGAGCAACGGGUUCUUGGUGACAAGAAUACUGAAAACGGGGCUGAUGGUUCGGGAGUGGGGGGAGCAUAGAGAGUUGGUCAAGGCAUCCAACAUUGAGAAUGUGGUGAGGAGACUUAUGGACUCUCAAGAGGGAGUUGAGGUGAGAAUGAGGGCUCAAGCUUUGGGAAAAGAGGUUAGGAAAUCAGUUCAGCCCGGAGGCGUGUCUCACAUCCAACUACACUCUUUCAUCGCCCAUAUCACUCGAACGUAACCGGGGAUAUAUAUAUAUAUAUAUGGAUGGUUACGUUAUUUUCUUUCCACACCACAAAAAAAUACGAGAUUGACAAAAAAAUUUGACAUGGAUCUGCCAAAAUUUAAAAAGGAAUUGACGGAGAUAUGUCAAUUCUGCGUCAAUCCCGUAACUUUUUUGUUGUGCAAUUUUUUUAUAAACUUAAUAACGUACUAGCUUGCUAUUAAAGUUAUUACGUACGUAUUUGUUAAAGUACUUAAAGUAGAAUGCAGAUUCAUGCCACAUGUAUGAAUAAUUGAAUCUUAUCUCACUCGUUAUCAGACUUAUCAUCAGAAACAUGAUAUUGGCUGAUUAUAUAUUCUAUAAAUAGGCACAGAGCAUUCCUAAUUCUG